AUUGAAAAUGAUCUGUUGCAGUGGCAAAAAGAGUAAAUAGCAAACUUCAGAAAUAACUAAAAAGAGAAGCAAAAUAUUGUCUGUAUUCGAUUCUUUAUUUUAUUUUUCUAGGAUUUUAUAGAAGAAAUAAACAACGAAGCUAUGACUCUCUAUUAAUCACCAAACUGUUAAAAUCUUUCUAUUAUGUUUUAAUAUUCUGGAGAACCUUAAACAAUGAAGUAUAGUGUUCCUAUUACAUAUUUUAAGAUCAAGCUCUAAUACAAAAAUUUGUAGAUCGGUUGAACGAUUAGCUAGUCCUAUUCCAAGCAUUACUCCAAGAAAAACUUCCUUUAAUAUCUUCAAAUGCGCAAAAACAAACCAAAAUACAAAGUUUAUAUCGACAAAAAGUGGUUUCACAUUAUUAGUAACAAAGGCACACUUUUGA